AUGUAUCCUACUACUGCUACUACUGCACCUCAUCAUGGCGCUAUUCGUUCUCCCACAUCAUCCAUUGAGCUGUCACUAAGUGCUAAUCAUCUCAAAGACCGUGAUAUCAUUUCGAAAUCUGAUCCAUUUGCCGUCCUUUACGUUAAAUGUGGAACUCAAUGGACUCAAUUGGGCAAGACAGAGGCAAAGAAGAAUGAGCUAAAUCCAACAUGGAUUAAGCUUUUUAUCCUCGAGUUUCACUUUGAAUCCAUACAACAACUAAAAGUGGAGGUUUACGACCAGGACAGCUCGUCUCCUGGUAAGCUCAAGGAACAAGACUUUAUUGGCAAGGCAGAGUUUACACUGGGUCAAUUGAUGGGAGCUCCAGGUCAGAGUGGAUCCUUCUUGCUCACCCGAGAAAAGAGCACGACGGUAAAGCACCAAGGCACACUUCUAGUGAAGGCUGAAGAAGUCAAAGCUUCUAGCGAGGCCGUGCGACUUCGCUUUUGUGCCACAGGUUUGGCUAAUAUGGACGGGAUCUUUGGCAAGAGUGAUCCGUUCCUCGUGAUCAGUCGUCUCCGAGAAGAUGGUGAAUCUUGGACACAAGUGCAUCGGACGGAGACCAUCGACAACAACUUGAACCCUAAUUGGAAACGAUUUGAGCUUCCACUGCAACAGCUUUGCAAUGGCGACUACAAGCGCCCUUUGAGUCUGCAGGUGUUUGACGAAGACCGUGGUGGUAAAUCAGAACUGAUUGGACAAGUGCAAACUACACUGGAAGAAAUUCAAGGAAAGCGAGGGACCAACUUUGUGUUGCACAAUGAGAUGCUGAAGAAGAAAAAGGGUAAGAAGUAUACAAAUGCAGGGCUGCUUGUGGCCGCGGAGGCGGACAUCUAUCGUGAGCACACUUUCAUCGACUACCUUCGCGGUGGAUUGGAAAUAAGCUUGAUUAUUGGUAUUGACUACACGGAGUCAAAUGGUCCACCAAAUGAUCCUCGCAGCCUUCAUUUUAUCGACCCUCGUGGACCAAACCAGUAUCAACACGCAAUUUCAUCGACAGUUUCUAUUUUGCAAGAGUAUGAUGCAGAUAAAAAAUUUCCGGUGUAUGGAUUUGGUGGAAUUCCUCCAGGGGCGUACGACGUGGAUCACUGCUUUCCACUAAAUUUGAACCCGUCGAACCCGGAGGUAGCGGGGUCUCAUGGAGUUCUGCAGCUCUAUACGUCAUCUCUCGGGCAUGUUCGCCUCCAUGGGCCAACGUUUUUUGCCCCCCUCAUUAAUCAGUCUUUGCGCAUCGCGAAUCAGUUCAAUGACCCCCGCAAGCAGAAAUACUUUGUGCUACUUAUUAUCACAGAUGGUGCCAUUAUGGACAUGCAGGCAACCAUUGAUGCGCUGGUUGAGGCGUCUCACGUAGCUCCGCUAUCAAUUGUUAUCAUUGGAGUGGGUCCAGCUGAUUUUUCGUCUAUGGUUGCCCUUGACGGGGAUGGAGGGAAGUUGCGUGCCAGCAAUGGGCGUGUGUCUGCACGCGAUAUCGUACAAUUUGUUCCGUAUAACCGCUUUGCGGGGUACGCAGACGCACUAACGAGAGAAACGCUUGCAGAAAUUCCCUACCAGCUCUGUCAGUUCAUGAAAGUGCGGGGUGUCCCGCCCAACCCGGCUCUUGCGCCUACAUAUAAUGUGUUCUCUGCACCGUGUGAGUCCGAAUCAGGGGCACCACUACCAUCUGCUUCUCAGCCUUCUUACGCUGAAGUCGCUCCACCAGCACAACAGCAGCAUCCUGCGCAAACUAUUGGACAACACGCACCGCAAGGGUAUUCCACUCAAGCACCAUCUCAAGGUUAUCAACAAGGAGAUUAUGCUUUGCAGCAAGGCUACCCGUCUCAAGGACCGCCUCAGGGAUAUCAGCAGCAAGGAGGAUACCCUUUUCAAGGCUAUCCUGCCCAGGGUCCACCAUCUCAUGGAGCAGCGCCAGGAUAUCCAGGUUAUCGUGGCUGA